CUUCUUUCUGUCGUUGAAAUUUAGUACAGCGCAACGUGAUGCUGUUUUGCUUCGCCAGAGCCUCGGUAGCCUGCUAACUACCCCGCCUAGCCUGCUAGUGUGUUGUCAGUGGCAACGCAACGAGAUCCACCAAUGAGAUGGAGCCCUACAUAAUGCUCCAAAGUGAUGGACGCCAACCGCCGUAAAACCGAAGAAGAAGAGAUUUAGCUCAAUGCGUCACGUGAUUUUUGAGAGACUUUUCCAACAUGGCGGCGGCAUAUCGCCUCUUGAGUUGCUUAAAGUUUGAUUGAACGGCGUGUAGGCAACAUGGCUUCCGUGCAUGUAAGUCAGAGGGAAGAAGAUGACGACGCGCACGGCGGCGAGCGCGCGUCCAAGUUGUCGAGUGGACUGAGCGAUGAUGUGAAAGCUGAAUGGUUGGAUGACAUCCAGAACAUUGGCGAGCUCUUUUACUUGGAGCUGAGCGAGGGAGAAGAAGAGGCGGUGUUGGCGCAGGCAGCUGCUGCCUCUCAACACAUGCCCACCGAUCACGUACACUUCCAAGAAGCCGAGCUCAUCACAGAGGCCACCAAGAAGCACCGAUGCAGUCGGCAGGUGGAGGAGGCUGAGCCAGUGCUGAAGAAGCUCACCAGAAGAAAACAGUCGCCAUCGCAGCGCAGAGGCAGCAGGAAGCAUGCCAGUCUGCAGCCGCUUAAGGAUGUGUACAUCAACAUCAACCCCAAGCGUUCUGGAGGCUCGUCCUCACCUCUACUGGAGGCCCUGCUGGGCAUUGUGCACCAGCCAUCUGGAAUUGGCGCUCACAGAGUCGCGGGGCAAGAGGAAAGACUGACCGUCGAGGGCCUUGUUCCCAACAGUCCGGCCAGCAAGUGUGGCCGCGUCCUCAUUGGCGAUGUGCUGAUUGCCGUGGACGAUGUGGACGUCAACGCCGAGAACAUCGAGAACAUUCUGUCGUGCAUCCCGGGACCGACUCAGGUGCGGUUGACAUUAGAGACAUUGGGCGGGAACAGCGGCCCAGGUCUCAGGGCGAAGACUUUGGCGCCUGUCAGUCCACUCGUGCGUCUCCUGUGGGGGCAGGAAACGGCCGAACUGCAGCUGUCCAUCAGCCACAUCCCACACGUGGUCAUGUACCUGUCACUCAAGAUGGAUGCCACAUCACCACAGGAAGAGGAAGACAUUUUGUACCAGUACCCGGCGUCUGAGGCGUCCGUUCAGCUCAAAGGAGCCAGAGGAAUCUUCCUAACGCUGUGUGACAUGUUGGACAACGUCACAGGCAGUGGCAUCGUCAGUUCCACACUGACGCUGGACAAACGCGUUGUCCACGUGGGCUACUGGAAGGAAGGCCACGCCCUGCUGGUCAUCGGGCUUCCUGCUGAGAGCGUUCCUUUGCUGUGCCUGCGCUCACUGGUGGGAGACGUGGUGAGGACAUUAAAAGUCAUGUACAGAUCCUUAGACAGCGCAUUCUGCAGGGCGGAGCACAAGCCACAGAUCGACCAGUUCUUCUGCUUGUUCUUCCAGCGGUUCAUCCAGCCGUCCCACCUUACGGGUGCUCUCUUAGUUCCGUCCCCGAAUGUCUCUGGGAGCCUGUUCCUUGAUGGACUGUCGGCCGUCCGAUGGCUCACGCUGCCACCUAAAAUCAAAAUGGAGGUGGACUCUAUCCUAACUGAGUUUGAAGCCUCUGAUUUUGGAGAAAUGUCGGAGGACUUCUUCGGCCUGAGGCGCCUCUACGGGAUUCUGGGCUCUUGUCUCUUUUACAAGUCCUACCUGAUUGCCAACCAUCUUGCCAAAGAGGAGCUGCUGGAUGUGUGUCUGUACAUGAAGCACUACUGCUUGCUGCCGCUGGUAUCCCAGCAGCGGGUGGCUCAGCUGGUCAUCUGGAGGGAGGUGUUCCCUCAUCAGAGCAGCAGCGCUACGCCCAAAGACACGCAAGUCGGCGGACGCCGCUUCCUCCUUAUCGUGGGCCAGAGGUUUUUGAUGCAAUGUGUGUUGCUGGAGAAAGGAAGCUGCAUGUCGUCUUCUGGACCUCCAGGACCAGACUGCGUUUAUGUGGCUCAGGUCAAGGCCACACUGCUGCAAUUGGAGGCCUUGGAGGAGGCCAUGGAGGAACGUCUGAGUGCUCCCGCCUCUCCCUGUCUGUCCUGUGCCGACUGGUUCCUGCCCGCUGCCACAUCCCGAAUCCGCCUGGACGGCCUGACCGCCUCCUCGCCGAUACUCGGAAAACUGUCCGCCAACGUUAAGAGUUCCUCAUCAGCGUCCAGAGGCAGCAGCCUGUUUGGAGAGAGGGCCCGGAAGUCCAGCCCCCAGAGGAGCAUGUCGGAAUGUGGGGCUGAGGGUCACUCAGACAAUGGGGCAGCUUCUCCAGCAGCUCAUGGUCUUAAUCCCGCCUCAGCCAGGACCCUGGGGGGGAGGCGGGACUCGCUGGGGUCUGAUGGGAGUGGAAGCCUUUUCAAGGUGCCGAGGAUGGCCCCCCUGAGGAUGACAGUGAGUGAGAGGGACACGCAGGAGACGUACAACACCACCAAACUGAGCUCCGGUGCCGACAACACCUUGUUCCAUUACGUCCUCAUGGAAAAGGUCCAGGGAAUCUUCAUCUCUCCCACACACACAGAAGAGGCUCAGCUCGGCGGAUCCAUUCACCCUCAGCUCAUCCACAGCUUUCACCACUGCUGCCUGUCCAUUCGAGCGACAUUCCAACAGAACCUGCCAGUGCCGGGCCGGUGGGCGGCAGACGGGCCUCGAAGUGCCAGCUGGGGCUUGGGCCCAGUCAAAGAACAUGGAGUUCUGUUCCAGUGCAAAGCACCAAACUGGACGGAUCAGAGGAAAGCCGCUCCCACCCUAAAUUACUGGGUCAUAGGGCGGUUGUUGCUAGAGCCUGUGCCUCAGGAGUUCUACGUAUGUUUCCACGACUCUGUCCCAGAGGUUCCUGUGGAGAUGGCUUUCAGACUGUCCUUCGGUUUGUUCACGUGAUGCAAUCACCCCUGCACAAGACAACAAGAGCAUGUGACAUUUCUUUUAUUAAUAAACAUGUCCUU